AUGGCCGAGAUGGACGCGCACGCAGACAAAGUGCGGCCCAUUGCGGCGCGCGUGAAGCAGUUUGCAGCCCGUAAGCAGCCGUUUCGCAUCUACCACGGCGCGACGAACAGCACGCGUAACUCGCAACGGCGGCUGGACAACACGGUGGACACCAGCGCCCUCAACCGCGUGCUGCGCAUCGACACGAUGUCCAAGACAGCGCUGGUCGAGCCCAAUGUGCCCAUGGACGCACUCGUGGCUGCCACAGUGGCCCACGGCCUUGUGCCCCUCGUCGUUAUGGAGUUCCCGGGUAUUACGGCCGGCGGCGGCUUCUCCGGUACUUCAGGCGAGAGCUCUUCGUUUCGCCACGGCCCGUUUGACGCCACAGUCAACUGGAUCGAGAUUGUGUUGGCCAGCGGCGAGGUGGUCAAGGCCUCGCGCACGACAGACGAGAACACGGAUCUCUUCUGGGGCGCCGCGUCGGCAUUCGGCACGCUGGGCGUGGUCACGUUGCUCGAAGUGCAGCUACAAGACGCCCAACCGUUCGUAAGGCUGACCUAUACACUGCAAGACACUGUGCAAGGAUCGAGAAAACAACUAGAGGAGGAGAUUGCAAACGUGCCGGCGGGCGGUAAGGUCGCCCGGUUUAUCCGUAGUAGCGAUCCGUGGUUCUACGUACACGUCCGCCGUAUGCUCAAGAAAUUUACCGCGGUCCCGGCGGGCACGACGUUUACCGAGUACGUCCCGUUGGUUGACUACCUCUUCCGCUACGACCGUGGCGGCUUCUGGGUGGCCAAGUACUCGUUCAACUACUUCCUCGUACCCUUCAACCGCAUCACGCGCUUUGUGCUCAAUCCGUUCAUGCACACACGCACCAUGUACCGGGCCCUGCACCAGAGCGGACUGGCUGAUUUCUACAUGGUGCAGGACGUGGGCGUGCCCUACGAGAAGAUGGAUGAAUUUGUCGACUGGCUGGAGACGGCGUUUAACAUCUAUCCGCUAUGGUUGUGCCCCCUAUUGCUAGCACGCAACUCGCCCAACGCCGGGCACGGCCUACACUCGGACUUUGCCCAGCUCGAUGGCAGCACGUCUGCAGGCCGCUUGAUGAAUUUUGGCCUGUGGGGCCCGCUGCCCUCGGGCUUGUCGGACCGUGCCGCAUUCAUAAAGGCCAACCGGUUGCUGGAACAAAAAGUGCAGCAGCUCGGUGGCAAGAAGUGGCUUUAUGCACACGCCUACUAUACCGAGGAAGAGUUCUGGGCCCACUAUGACCGCGCGUCCUACGAUCGUGUCCGGGCCAAGUACGGUGCCGAGCGGCUGCCUACGGUCUAUGACAAGGUCAAGGUCGUGGAGAAGCCCCGAACAGGCGGUGAUGGGCUCCUGGGCUGGCUGCUGGCCCUUUUCUGGGCAGUCUGGCCAGUACGGGGGUUGUACGGCGUCUUGAUGGCUGUUCUGGGCGGAGAUUACCUGAUGGGCCGUUCUGUCACGCCGCUAACGACUGUUUCGCCCAAGGUUGUCAAGCAGAGUUGA